AUGUAUCACUGGAUUAUUUGUUCGCAUUCAUACUAUUUUUCAUCAAUGUUUUAUCGUUGACUUUAUUUAUUGAGUUUCAGUGUGUAUUAUCAGCGCCUGUAGAUUCUGGAAUUUUUAUACCAAGCCCUUUUGGAAAAUCAACUGAUUCUGGGGCGUCAUUUGUUCACUGUGAUGAUGAGAAAAAUGUCUAUUUUGACAUCUAUGCUAUCAAGGGAGAUGAUAACAGGAUUAUGUCUGCUAACAAUGGAGUCUUAGUUGUGUCGAUUGGACCCACUGAUGACAUACGCAACACAGCUGAAUAUAAUUUAUGGAAAUUCAUUGCCACAGUUCUAGCAGUGGACAUGGCAAAAUUUGAAAUACUACUUUUUCCAGGAGAAAUCGGAAGAAGAGUUUUGCUAAGGAAUGGUAUAAUGUCUAAACAAGAAUGUAUAAACAAGAUAAAAGAAUACUUACAACCUUAUGUAAAAGGCGAGGUACCAUCAACCAGCCAAGCAUUGCUGUUUCCCCACACUCCACUAGCAGUCUACGCUCACAACGACACCGCAAAAUCUGACAACGGUCAAUGGAAAUACUACGAGAAGAACUUGAAGAAAGACGAAGAAUUGUCAGAAAAGUCACUAAGUAAAAGACUUCUUGAGAUGAAGCCCUACUACGAGAAGGAUCCUAGUUUGAUGGCUAAGGUUUUCAGAGAUCUAGGAGUACAGAAGGAAGUAACGUUCAGAGGAAGGCUAGUACCAGGGUCUCCGGUUAAACCAGUUCUGGACGAUUACCGUGGUCAGAAGAAAUUAAAGGUGGUGAGAAGAAUUCUUGAAGGAACCGACAGAAGUGUGAAAUAUCCCAAGUCUAAAAUGCGGAUUGAAAUGUCUCACCCAGUACCUGAUCUGAUCAUGCUUGAUUAUUUGAGUCCAGACAAACAGAAUGUUGUUAGCAGAAGAGUUGUUAACAUUUUGUAUAGGAAUGCCACUGUUGACCUGGUCGAAGAGCUGGAAUAUACUGAAGUAGUUUAA